CUCACAAUGUUUUGAUAACAUCAGCAAGUGGGGAGGGAGGACUCAGGAGUCUUACCUCUCAUAUCCUGUGAUGAUGAUGUGCCACAGUUGUUAUGGUGGACUCAGGUGACAUCACAAACCAUGUAAUGAGCAGUCAAGUAUUUCCAUAGGUGGUUGUGUUGGUGGGUUGCUGGUGGCCAGAAUUCCCUAGUAAGCUCAAGGCAGGAUGAAGAAAUACUACGAUCUGGUAACUAAAAAAAAUGUGUUAACUGCAGCUACAGGAGCUACAGCCAUCUAUCUGGUGUCCAAGACUCUCCUAUCAAUGUUCAGAAGUCCCCCCUACAACCCGGAUCAAAUGAAUUUUGCCAAUCUAGCCGUUGAGUAUUAUCCAGCUCCAUCUGCAAGAGCAAAUGUUCCUGGAGAGCUCAGGAGACUCCUGCUGUCUCUCAGCCCAAACCUAGAUGACAACUCCAAGAGGACAACGCUUCAUACCAUCACUCAGUGUAUCUAUCUGAAGGAAUCAGAGGCAAAUGCCUGCACCAAUGAUGACAUUAGAUUGGUGGCAUUAUUCCUGGAUGAUGGAGACAAAGCCGUCAAAACAGAGGCACUGCAUGCCCUCAAAGCUUUCACUGUCGUCUGGCGGUUCAAAAUCAAAAUCCAGGAAUACGUUCCCAAGAUUGUUGAGCUGGUGACUGGCUCCUGGGACCCCACCCUUCAGGUUGCUGGGUUGAGGCUGCUGAACGGGUUGAAUAUUCCAGACAACACCCACACUCUCCUGAGAGGGAUGCUGCCGAACUUCCUGGAAAUCCUUCUCAUGGCAAACACUAUGGCCAAGGUGCAGGUUCUGAAGCUUCUUAGCACGCUGGCCCAGAAGGAAGACCUGCUGUACGACAUCAUGAAUUGUCGGACACCCGUCGAGUUCCUGAGCCUCUUCCAACCAUCCCUGCCAGGGAACCUGCUCUAUGAGAUGUUAGUCUUUGUGGAGCGCCUCAGCGAAGGGCGCCUCUCCCCGCAGUACCAGUCGAUGCAGUGGCAGUACAGCGACAACUCCCUCCACGAAACCAUCUUUGGCAACAACUCCCGCCUCUCCGACCGCCUGCUUGCUCUCAUCAUCCACCCAGAGGAGGAGGUGCAGGCUCAGGCCUGCAAGGUCAUCCUCAGCCUCCGGCUCAACAGGGAAGAGAGCAAGGUGGUCAGUGCCCUCCCCUUUGGGGCCAACAUCAGUGUCCACCCCCUGGAAUCAACGAGGAUUAGCCAAGUCUCCAACCCCUCUGACCUGAGCAGCCACACUCUCGGUCCCAAUAACGUCUCCUCUGAGCCCACCGGCACCAACGUCUCCUUUGACAGCACCCAUGACAACAGCGGGCGUAGCUUCCACACACUCCAAGGCACUGAUGAGACUGGACACAGCUUCUAUCCCCUUCCAAGAGCUGACCACAGCUUCUACCCCCUUGAGACCGUCAGCAGCCACAUUAUUCAGGACCAAAGAGUCAACAGCUUCAAUAUUCCUCCAGCUUGCUAUUCGGGUGAGAGUGACAACAGUGUUUAAAGGGCCCAUUUCUAGACGAAAGAGCGAAUGAUAAAAGAAUUGGAGAAGAGAUGACAUCACCAUUUGUCUCUCCCUAUGUAAGGAAAAGGUCCAGGCAUGUAAGCAUUCAGGAUCCUACCUUCUACCUAACAAAACUUCUAUGUGCAUUAGAA